AUGGCUGUAGUCCUCCACCCCAUGGCGAGGGCUUUCGCCCGAGAAGACACAGAGCCGCUGCUUCCAGGCCAAGUCCUUCCGGCAAUGCCUCCCCUACCAGAGGGGCCCAGGGUGCCAUUGUCCAUGCAGCCGCCCCGUAUGAUUCCAACUCCUCAGCAAGCGGCAUCGCUUUCACUUCCGGUGGCGAAACGAGAACUGCAGAUAAAGUCGCCAGAGGUGUCCCAGCUUGUGCUUUGGGAGCGACCUCCGAAGCCAGCUGGGUGGUCUGCUAUUUGGGAGGUUUUGCCACCCCCCCCUCCGCCGCCACUGGACCAAGACGGGGUGUGGAUCUGGGUUCCAGAAGGCGAGGAUAUUCCAGUUGGUGCCAUCGUUCCGCAUGAAGCUCUCCUCCCGCAUGCAGAUGUGAAUGAAGAGUUGGACGCAGAGACCGAGGGUUCCGUGCAAUUCGGGCUGGAUUACCUGGAGCAGAAGCUUGAGCAAACGACGAACGCAGGAUUUACGGCCCCCUCCAGCUUUCAGGCACCGGCAACAUUUCCAAGCUCCACGGAGGUUUGGCAACCUUUUCCAUCGGAGUUGCCAAAGGAUUUGAUUGGCUCUGUUAAGGGCGUUGGAGAUGCUGGGCAGGCAUGGCAGCCUUUCCCUUCAACGUCGGGUUCUGGUUCAGUUGCCGAGCUUGCCAGUCAGGCGCAGCAGCCGCUCACCUCACAGCUGCCUUCUGGCCAUUCUGGCCCUUUUGCAGCCUCGGGAGCUGUGCAGGUUCCAACUUCCUCUCUUCACACGCCUAGAGAGGUUUGGCAGCCGUUUCCCUCGACAGCAUCCGGUCCCGUAGAUCCCCAGGCUGGUGGCAGGGCCUUGCUGUGCUAA